ACUGUGCAAAAAAGUGUAUAUAAUUAAUUUAUUGUAAACAUUCACGCUUUUUCUAACUCUAUUUAAAUCAUAGCGCAAAAUAAUUUUUAUAAUGAAAGCAAUAAUACAAAGAGUCAUGAAUGCUAAAGUUAGUGUGAAUGGAGAAAUUGUAAGCAGUAUUGGCCAGGGAGCAUUAGUAUUUAUUGGUAUAUGUAGCACCGACAAUGCUAAAGAUAUGGAAUAUAUGGUUAGAAAAAUUUUAAGCAUAAGAAUAUUUGAUGAUGAAAAUGAAAAGAAAUGGAAGAAAAGUCUUGUUGACAAUGACUUUGAAGUCCUGUGUGUUAGUCAGUUCACACUAUACAACACAUGGAAGGGUCUCAAACCGGAUUUCCAUCUUGCAAUGCCAUCAGAACAUUCAAAGGAAUUUUAUGAAAACUUUAUUGAAAUGUUAAAAAGUAAAUACAAACCAGAUAAAGUUAAAGAUGGCAUUUUCGGCGCAUACAUGCAAGUAUCCUUGCAAAACGAUGGACCAGUCACGCUAGAAAUCGAGUCGCCUGCACAACCUGAAAAAACUUCAAAGAAAACCAAAUCUGCUCAUGUAAAUAAAACCACUGAAGACACAGGAGAUCUUGCAGAGAGAUAAUAUUAAACUCAUUAUCAUAACCAUCGGGCCUUCGCUCUCCUCCUGAACUCAGCAGGAUGAGAAGGGUUUGACAGACUCAGGCAUGCAGGUUGCCUCACGAUGUAUACCUGCACUAUUAACCCGAGUGACAUUCAAUGGCUUAAAACGCAGAUAACUGAAAAGUUAUAGAUGCGAACCUGGGAUCGAACCCUGGACCCUCCGAGUCUUAAUCACAGUAUGCGACAGGUCGAGAUAGCAAUCGAGGUAUGAGGCGCUAUCCCGCACCCGGUUUGCGCGGGGACUGUGCGGGGCGGGGCCACUCUGAUUGCCAUGUCGACCUGUCGCGAACAAGACCUAACUUAAGUAAGUUUUAUUCAAAUGUUUUAUAUUCUCAUGUGCAUUGCUUUUAUGAGAAUAAACUCCUUAAUUUG